UCAUUAAUGUCACUAAUGUUUGUGUUUUUAAGCAUUCUUAGUUCUCCUCUCUGGUGGCUUUGSCCAGGUCAUAUUUUCCUUUCAUUUACUCACCAUCCUCAGGUUUUAUUUCUGUGUUUCCUGGCAGGUGUAUGUCCCUCCAGGGUGGCUGCCAUGGUACUGAAGGUGUUCUUUCCAUCGUGCUGCUCCUCGGCAGACAGCGGCAUUUUGAUCGGCCGCUGGAUCUCGGAGCAGAACGCCGCUGUCAUCCUUGCUGUGGUACACUUCCCCUUUAUCCCUGUCCAGGUGAAGCAGUACCUCGGGGAAGUUCAGCGUGUCACUAAAGUCACUGUUUCUGUGCUUGGCUCAUGGAGCAACAGCAAACAGGAGAAAGAAGAGAGUCUGAGUGAAUUCUUGGAAGACCUUGGCACCAUAUUCUGCCAUGACCCGUGGAUUCAGAUAAGCAAAGAGGGAGACAGCAAAUUCUGGAGCUGUUCUACCCUUCAGAAACACUCUAAAAACCCUCAGGAGGAAGAAAUCAUCYUGGUGUACUAUGACCAGCGCAAAGUCAUGCUUUCCCAUCUGCACCCCACUUUGGACACAGCUGGUCAGGGGGCAGAGGAUGCCUCAAAGCUCUCGGCCAUCUUCGACACGGUGGCCAGGAGCCAGGUCCUGUUCAUGACAGACAGGUACGAUGAGGGGCCCAUCAAGCUGACCCACUGGCAGUCGGAUGGGGUGGAGGCCAGUAUCAUCGUGGAGCUGAUGAAGCAGGCCUCUGUGCCUGCCUGCAUGCUGCUGACAUUCCUGCUCUCGCUGGUCUCUGGGAUCUGCAGGAGCAGGGUGCUGAAGUUUUGGCCUUUGUCUUUCUUGUGGAGCAAACUCUCAACUUGUGAGCAGCUGGGACAUCGCCUGCAGCACCUUCAGAUCAUCAGCAGCAACAAGAAGGCUCAAAACCAGACUCAGCUGAUGAGGAAAGCCAACAUCUUUGUCUCUCUGCUGAUUGAUGUGGCCCUGGGGAUACUGCUGAUGUCGUGGCUGUACAGGAAAAACCGCAUUGGUCAUCUUGCUGACACUCUCAUCCCUGUGGCUGAUCACGUGGCUGAAGAGCUGCARGACCUGCUCCAGUGGCUGAUGGGAGCACCAGCUGGACUGAAAAUGAACCGAGCCUUGGAUCAAGUUUUGGGCCGCUUCUUCCUCUAUCACAUCCAUCUUUGGAUCAGCUACAUCCACCUGCUGUCCCCCUUCAUUGAGAUGAUCCUGUGGUACGUGGGGCUCUCAGCCUGUCUGGGCCUGACUGUGGCUCUUUGCAUCCUCUCCGACAUCAUUGCACUCCUGACCUUCCACAUCUACUGCUUCUAUGUCUACGGGGCCAGGCUCUACUGCCUGAAGAUCUACGGCCUGUCCUCUCUGUGGCGUCUGUUCCGGGGCAAGAAGUGGAAUGUGCUGCGGCAGCGCGUGGAUUCCUGCUCCUAUGACCUGGACCAGUUAUUUAUUGGCACUUUGCUGUUCACAAUCCUGCUGUUCCUCCUGCCUACAACUGCACUGUAUUAUUUGGUGUUUACCCUGCUCCGGUUGCUGGUGGUGAUUGUACAGGGCCUCAUACACUUGCUGGUGGACCUGAUUGACUCCCUGCCUCUUUAUUCCCUCAUCCUUCGGCUCUGCAGAUCCUACAGGCUUGCAGCUGGAGUGAAGUUCAGAGUCCUCGAGCAGCAGGACGGAAAACCUCUGCGGCUCCUUAUGCAGAUCAACCCCCUGUCCUACGGAGGUGUGGUCCAGACGUACAGACUGCCCACCUACAGCUGCUACCCCAAGGACUCCUGGGCAUCUCUCUGCAAGAAACUGUUCCUUGGAGAGCUCAUCUACCCUUGGAAACACAAAGGAGAGAAGCAGAACUAAAAGACAAUGAAAGAGCUUGAGAACUUGGCCAGGAAAACAUACUGACUCCUAAUGCUUUGGGACCAAAGGCUUCUUAGAACCAGCAACUGCUCCAUCCCUUUAAAUAGAUUUUGGUAACAAAGGAAGGGCUGAAUUUUUAAAGGCAAGUAUUUUUAAACAUUAUUUUUCAACUUCCUCUUCCCCUACACUGUGUUUGUAUAUUAUACUAAUGAUUAUUUCAGAAGCAAAAGGUUAAAUCUGUCAGUGCCUCACGAAACCAGCACUCAGUGCCAUGGAGGAAGCAACUCCCGAAURUUUGGUGAUGAAUUUCUCCUUCCACAUCAGCUCACGGGGCCAUAUUAAAGCAGCCCCUCAGGUGGUUCAGAGCCACAACGCUGUGGUGCAUUUGGCCAGAGAGUGUUUUGGACCUUUUAUGCUUCAGCCUUCGAGCCUGCUGACUGAAACCAUGUGGAGGAUCAGCUCGUAGAGUCACACACUGAAAACUGAACAGCAGGGUGUCUKAGUUCAUGGGAUGUUUAUUCUUUUCUUUUUGGGAGGGCUUGCAAUCACCCCCACUGCAGCACCAGAGAAGGUGUUAAAAGAGGGGGACUGGAGGCCCAGAAGCACACACUGUUGUAUCAUGAUUCUGUGAUUUCUGUUAGGGAGUUUCCUGCUCUGGACACAUUUGCAAAGUGCAGCAGUACUUGCUCAUGUCCUGGUCUCAUUUUGCUGUUUCCUAUUCCCUGCCUUGGGAAGAGUGCCUGUGUGAUGGAAGGUGAUGUCCUACUGGGCACCUUGUGCUUGUGUCAAAUUUAAACACAGCCCUCCCCCAAAAUACCCUUCCUGCAGCUCUGCUCAUUCCCCUGCCCCAGCUGAAACAAGGAGUUGGUGUCACUGUGCCCUGCUCUGUGCACUGGCAGGGGAGGGCUGUGCUGGAUCCUGCCCCUUUCCCCUGACUGGCCAAGGAACCCAGGAUGGAGGAGGAGGAAGAGAAGGUGCUGUGGCUGCAGUGCCCAGCCCUUCUCUGGAUGGCUGCCUCUGUGUUCCAGAGGGAGUUGCUGGAGCCAAGGCAGGGUGCCCUGGGGCUUUAGGAGCCUUCAGUCAACAUUCCUAGGGACAGGAUGAGAGUUUCUUACCCCAGCCCCGUGUCUCAUCUACAUGCUGGCAGCUGACAAAGAGAAGGGUUAUGGCCCUGCUGCUUUAGGACAUCUCUGGCCAGAUGUAUUUGGGUUGUUGGUGAAAUCCCCUCACGGUGCAGUCACUGCCUCUCCAGUCACAGSCUGACCAGGAGAAAAGGAAGCUCUUCAGGCUGGUGCUUGGUCCGGCCAUUCCUUAGUGGGCAAAUCCCCAAGGCMUUCGAGGUUUCUUAGGAACAUGUGAGGGAGCCAGGACUACACGGGCACUACUUGAURUCCUGUCACCUUGAGCCAGGUGACAAAGGUGAAAGCCAGUAAGGCAAAAACCCCCCUCAGCAUCUGCCACUGCAGGCUCUGGCUGGGACAUCCCUGCCUGCAGAAACUGCAGAGGUUUUCUUUGAUAAUCCAYGUUGAAACUCCUGUGCAGCAUCUUCUUCUUUUUGAAUAUCACUGCCUGAGUAAUUCUCUGCGCUCCAGGYGGGAAUAGUUGCAGGCUGCAAUGCAUUUAGUGGAUAAAUGGUCUAAAUAACAUUUUCACUUCAGCUGAAGCCCCAUCCUCACCUGGCACUGAGCAGAGCAGGUUUACACAUUACCUCCCUCAUCUUUCCACUGGAGCUCCUUAAUGAUACCCCCUGAUUCUUCCCAAGCCUGCACAGUUCYGUUUGCUGACUGCUGUGAGAAACUUUUUUAUUUUUGGUCUCGUGAAAGUAAUGUUUGUAAUAUCCUUGAUUUUAAAAUCUUUCUGUGAGACCAGACAGUUCAUGAUGGUCCUAAUCAUGGUCCUUUGGGAUUAAAUGCUCUGAAAGUUCCAGAGACAGCACAGAGCCAUGAAAACCAGUGACUGACCUUGCUAUUGGRAACCUGCCAGAUGUAUUAGAUGUUCCAGUGUUGGGUCUAUUUACUAAAAGCUGAUACUGACUCUGGGGUGGGGAAAUACCAAACUGAGCAAAAGCUCCUCCUCAAACCUGAGAUCCUGAGUCUUCUGCAACAGAGAGCCUUGAGCAGCCCAGCUGGGCAGUGGCAGCUCCUUGUGAGUGCAGUUCUCCUGUGUCGCCCAGAGCUGGUGCCUGAGCUACCUCUGCUCCUCAUUCUGGGCGUUCUCCUUGCCCAUGAUGAUAUCUGAGCAUCGGAGUUGCUUCUGCUGGAUGUUUGCCACAUCUCUCCUCUUCCUUUCCAGUCCCUGCUGUGGAAGAGUCUUUCCCCACCCUUUUCCGACUCCAUGUGGAGACAUUACAACAACAUAGCAGACAUCCUGCUCAAGAACACUUGACCUUAUGUCAUCUCUSUAAUUAGACUUUAGGAUCAGCAUCGUCUUCCACAGCAGCACAGACUGGCCCAGCAUUGGCAUUUCCUCAGGGAAGAGGCUGCUGGUGAGGCUCUGGCUCUGAUUCUCCUCACAUUCACAUUAUCCAUAGCAGCCCUUGGAUGAGAAGGAGUUAAAGAUCCCAGAUCUCCUAUUCCUACCACGCACCCCUUAUAGCAGGCAGCAAACAGGCUUUGCCUGCCAUCAGUCAAAGACUCUAAUCUUGCAGACUUUUUUUAAUACUGCACUUCCUUAUUAUUAUUUCUCCCACCUUUUGUUCCCUGCACUGCCACAAACCCCCUCUUUACUUAGGCAGGGGGUUUGUGAAGGAAAACGUGAUUCACUGCAUGAAAAACUCUAUCCUAGAGAAAUUCUGCCUUGGAGAAAUACUUUCCUCCCCUAACUAGGGCAGCAUGUGACGAUGCUGAAAGGAAACCUCAGUAAUCACACUGAACUGAAGGCUCUGGUUAUGGGUUUGGGAGUGUUCCCUGAUGCUGCAGCUGGACUGUGUGCCCUGUUCAGGCCCACACAAAGACUCUUGCAUGAAUGUACAACCCAUAUUUUGACUUUCAGUAGURUAAGGCACGGAAAUCUUCUGCAUUUCAUCCUGCAGAGAACGAAUUGCUUUCCUUCUGCCCUGUGCUGCAUCUUCMUGCUGCUCCUACACCUUCUUCUUGCUUAACUCAAGCCCUCAGUGAUUUACCCUUUAUGCUUAGAGCUGCUGGUUCCACCAUCACGGGAAACUGGUGGAGGUUGGGAUUGUCCAGUCCAGCCCCUGCUCGGGCAGGGCCAUCCAAAGCUGKUUGCCCAGGACCAUGUCCAGAUGGCUUUGGGAUAUCUCCAAGGAUGUCCCUCCCUGGACAACCUGUAUCAGUGCUUGGUCACCCCACUGGUGAAAAGGUAUUCCCUGCUCUCAGACGGGAUUUGAUGUGUUUCAGUUCAUGUUCCUUGUCCUUGUGGUGUGCAGAGCUCAGCAAUACCGUAACUCAGAUCUCAGAGCAUGAACGUUUGCAGUCCUGUGUUGUCUCUGCUCCUGYUGCCCGUAUUCAGGGACUGUUCAGCAGCCCCUUUGCCUUUUGGGGAUCUCUUAAGCCUUGGUUGGAGGUGCCUGUGCAUUGACUCAGAUCUCUGGGCUGCUCCUUGGUCCUUCUCUGGACUGGUAGCAGAGAACCCUUUCUCUCCAGUCACUCUCCUGCCUGUGCUGAGCUCACAGGAGCUGUGGGGGCUGGCCAGCAGAACCCCAAACCUGGCAGUGUCUGGGCCUGCAGGAUCAGGGAACAGGCUGAGUGUGGAGCCCUGGGGCUCUGUGGGGUGAAUGUGCUGUGCACACACAGGGGAUGGGUCAGGAUCUCAGCUGACCCUCCACGUGACAGGARGCCACAGGGCUUUCCAGCUGGAUUGGGAGCUGCUGGGUGCAGGGUAAACAUGUUCAGAGCAAUCCAAGCCUCACAUGGGCAGCUGAUCUGCCUUCCAGGGUAGGAACAGAGUGCCCACCACCUUUGCCUCUGGCUCAUUUUGCAUUAGGAGUUGCUGCAAGACUCUGUUGCCUUUGGCCCCAGUCUUUAUCCAUGCCUGGGUCUCAAACCAGGAAUGCUCAAACUCCCCAUGUACCAUCUCAGCAAGCUAMAUAAGAGGAGGUUUCCUGCCCUGAUGAGCGCUGCAGGUGACAGAACACCCUCCCAGCAUUCCCAGGCAGGUCUGGGGCUGGGAGCUGGGGAGGUGUUUGGUGGAAGCAGCAGAACCCAGGCCCCGCUCGGGGCAGGGAGAGGCUGCAGCUCCUCUCCCAUCCCCUGUGUUAAUUAAUAUCUGGCACGAGGGAAGUUCGUGAGAACCUCACACCUCUUGUAAUCAAUCCUCCUCACCGUGUUUUCUGGUUUGAAGUAAAGUAUGAUAAAAGAGCACUGACUCAUUGAGAGUUUCAUUAGAAAUGUGUGUGAGUGUUUGUGAGUGAAGUUUGACGAGGAGUUAAAACCCACUGCACAUUUUCUGCUUCCCUCACGUGAAGCACCAGGCGUUCAAAGUGCUCCCGCAGCAGCAACACAGGGUUCAUUUGAAAUGUCACCACUMACCCCAGCUGAAGGUGACUUCCUUYCCCCUGCGGCCCUGAUGUGAAACACAGCCUGGUGAUGGGAAACACAGACUGGCCCUGUGCACCAGUCCAGGAACAAGCCCUGGCUCAGCAACAAGAGCUGCUCCAGGCUCAUCACAGCUCCAGUGCUGCAGGCAGGAGUGCUGGGCAGAGCAAAGGCAAUGCCAGCAGGAUGGUGACAAUGCCAGCAGAGCCAGUGGCAGCUGGGAUGAGGGAUGCUGCACAUACCUGUACUUGUGUGGGAGAUUUUAGGGAUGAGGAGCUUUGUUCUACUGACAGGUUUUGUUGGUUAAUUCAGCCUCUUAAUCAGAACUUAAAUGGAUUUGAUUACACCAGAAUAAAGAUGU